AAUGGGGAUGCAGGGACAUCAUCAUACUCCCCCCCGCCAUGUGGCUUGGGGGAACAUCAGAGGUAGCACGCUGUGGGGGAAGGAGGUGCCAUGAGGUCCCCCACUCAGCUCCAAACAGGAUCUGGUGGCAUCUUUGCCCCCCCUCCCCAGAGUUUGGAGCAUGUGUCCUUUGUCCCCAAUGUCCCUUGUCCCAUUCUAUGUAUUCCUUGCCCCCUCCAUGUGUCCCUUGUCUUCCACACUCCUCAUUCCAUUCCAUGUGUCCCUUAUCUCCAGCACCGUGUUCCUUCUUCCCUUCCGUGUGUCUCUUGUCCCCCAUAUACUUGUUCCCUUCCCCAUGUUCCUAAUCCCCUGCCUUGUGUCCUUUGUCCCAUUCCAUGUGUCCCUUAUUCCCAGUGUCCCUAGUCCCCUCCAUUUCUCCCUUGCCCCCUGUGACCCCCACCUAAGGUGACAGCUGGUGCUAGGCCAUGGUGCUGCUCUGUGCACUGAGCACCAGGAACCCCUAUGGGACAGAUGUUCUCAUCCCAACCCAUGUCCCCAGUGUGGGGUCACUUUGUCCCCAUGCUCAGUGACAUGGCAGGAGCUCCAUGUUAUCAGGGUGCCUGUAGUGGAUCCCCUGCACAGCUGGCCCCAUUGCUGCCCCCUGACCUCACAAGACUGCGCUUCCAGAAGCUGCUGUGGUUCCACUGGGGCUGAGGGCUGUGACGCAGGGAUGGCAGCAUGCUGGGGAACAUGGACGGGGAGGGAUGUGCUGAGCAUGGCCAUGGGGGCCGGAGCCAUCUACCUUCUCUACAAAACCAUCUCAGCUGGACUGAACAGCCCUCCCAGCACCACCGGUGCCCAUGAUUCAGAAGGGCUGAGCAUGGAGGAGAUGAGAAGCAACCAGCUGCACGGGGAGCUGGAGAGGAUGCUGGCGCUGCUGGGCGAGCAGGAGGGCCCCUCCCGCGCCUCCGUCCUCAACAGCAUCGCCCGCUGCGUCCUCCUGCUGGAGCCGGAGCCCUGUCCCUGCAGCCCUGAGGACCUACAGCUGCUGCUGUCUUGUGUGGAUGACCCCAGUAAGGACACACAGAUCCAGGCCCUGAAUGCCCUCCGAGCUUUCGCCACACAGCAUGAGCUCAAACCCCAAAUCCAGGAGCACUAUUCCAAAGUGCUGCAGGUGGCCCUGAGCACCUGCGAUGUGCCCACGCGCGUGGCGGGGCUGCGGCUGCUCAAUGUGCUGGAGGUGCCACCUGAGGCUGAGCCACUGCUGUGCCAGGAGCUGCCAACGCUGCUGCACUUCCUUCAGCAGGAGGACGAUGGCACCCAGCUGCAGGUGCUCCGGCUGCUCACCGCACUGUCCCGCAGAGAGGAUUUCCUGCACCACAUUCUCAGCUGCCAGGUCCCAGAGAACUUCCUGACCACCCUGCAGACCUCACUGUCGGGCCCGGUGCUGUAUGAGCUGCUGCUACUACUAGAGGUGCUGCAUGAGGGCUGCACACAACCACGGCGCACUGCAGUGCAUAACAGCACCGACACCUGCUCACUGCACGAGGCACUGUUCGGGGACAGCUCACGGCUGGCCGAGCUGCUGCUGGCCACGUUCGUGCACCCCGAGGAGGAGGUGCAGCUGCAGGCCUGCAGGGUCAUCCUCAGCCUGCAGUUCUGCACACCGGGCCGCAACCUGGCAGCCACCACCACCACCACCACUUUGAGUGACCACAGCUUCACCACCACCUUCGAGUUCCCCACAUACCUCUCUGGUGAGCACUCGAGCUGAGGGCAUUUCCUACCAACGGUGAUGCUGACAGUCAAUAAACCCCCACUGCUGCAUUUGGUUGUCCCCCCGCACCUCCUUCUUGAUGCGACCUCAUUGCUUAUUGCCCGUCUGUAUCCCGAACUG